AUGUCAGAACAGUCAGUAUUCAACGCUGAAGUGAAAGCUGUCGAGGCGUUUCAGAAGCAACCACGUUUCUCACGUACCAUUCGACCUUACUCUGCCGCUGAUGUGGUGUCGAAACGCGGUACCCUGCCAAUCUCUUAUCCGUCCGAUGUGAUGGCCAAGAAGUUGUUCAAAAUCCUUGAAGCCAAGGCGAGAGGAGAAGGAGGAGGAUGUAGUAUCACAUACGGAGCGCUGGAUCCUGUACAAUUGACUCAGAUGGCAAAGCAUCUGGAAACGGUCUACGUAUCCGGUUGGCAAUGUUCUUCCACUGCUUCGAGUUCUCUCGAACCUGGUCCAGAUUUAGCCGAUUACCCGUCAAAUACCGUUCCCAACAAAGUGGCCCAACUGUUCACCGCUCAACUGUUCCAUGAUCGAAAACAACGAUGGACCAGAUCGCAAGCUUUGCAACAAGGCGGAGGAGGUAUAGACAAGCUGGGGAGAUCGAUCGACUACCUACGGCCUAUAGUCGCCGAUGCUGAUACCGGUCAUGGAGGUCUCACCGCGGUGAUGAAACUUACAAAGAUGAUGGUUGAAGCUGGAGCGGCGGGUAUUCAUAUCGAAGAUCAAGCUCCGGGAACGAAGAAGUGUGGACAUAUGGCUGGUAAAGUCCUCGUGCCCAUCUCGGAACACAUCAAUCGUCUGGUCGCCAUGCGUUUCCAAUGCGACAUUAUGGGAACUACCAAUCUCGUCGUAGCACGUACAGACUCCGAAGCCGCUACUCUCAUAACAUCCAACAUUGAUCCCCGUGACCACUCCUUCAUUCUAGGCUCUACCAACCCAUCUCUACCUCCUUUAGUCGACAUCAUGUUGUCCGCUGAAAGCUCUGGCAAAUCCGGCGCGGCACUCCAAAAUGUAGAAAGUGACUGGGUUCGUCAAGCCAAUCUUUCCCUUUGGCCUGAAACACUUGCCAAAGCUCUCCAGAACGAAGGUGUAUCAUCAAAUAAGAUAGAUACGUUCUUGAAAGAAGUAGAGAAGAAACAUUCUUCUCAUUCUGCCGCAUUGGAAUUAGCUCAAAAAUCAUAUGAAUUGAAGAAAAUACCUUAUUGGUCUUGGGAUACUCCUAGGACUAGAGAAGGUUAUUAUAGGUAUCAAGGUGGAACUCAAUGUGCUAUCAAUCGUGCGGUAGCUUUCGCUCCUUAUGCCGAUUUGUUAUGGAUGGAAACGAAGUCUCCAAUCUACGCUCAAGCCAAGGAAUUUGCAGAGGGUGUACAUAAAGAGAAACCUGGACAAUGGUUGGCAUAUAAUUUGAGUCCAAGUUUCAAUUGGGAUGCGGCUGGUUUGGGGGAGAGAGAGAUGAAAGAUUAUGUUUGGGCUUUGGGGAAAUUAGGUUUUGUUUUCCAGUUCAUAACUCUCGCAGGACUUCAUUCCAACGCUUAUAUCAACGACGCAUUCGCAUCAGCCUUUGCAAAAGAAGGUAUGAAAGCAUAUGUCGAAUUGAUUCAAAGAAAAGAACGUGAGAUAGGUUGUGAUGUCCUCACUCAUCAAAAAUGGUCUGGAGCGGAUUACGCAGAUUCUUUAAUGAUGACUGUCACUGGGGGAAUUUCUUCCACCGCCGCUAUGGGAGAAGGAGUGACCGAAGAUCAAUUCGGGGACAAGGGAACGAAACAUAAAAUGUGA